AAGGCUGCGGCUGUUGUUCUUACGAAUUCAUAAUUAUCGUGUUUGUUGUAUUAUUUCUAUGAAAUCACAGCCAUGUGAUCAUUUCGUCCCUCGACGCAAGAAGUGUCUGCAGAUUGACGGUACGUAUAUUCUGAUGUACAAACGCUAAAGGAUAUAAAUCGAUUUUCAUAUCACGUAUGAGUGAGUGAGUGAGUGAGUGAGUGAAUUUUGUUUAACGCCGAUUUGAAUAUUCAGAUUCUGGUAGGGCCACCAACCUCAUCCAAAUGUAAUGUGUGUUAAACUUCCUGGUCUAGGGCUGCUCAACACGUGAGGUCAUAAAUCACCAGUGUUUGAUAACGUCUGCAGUGCAGGCAAGAUACUGGCCAAUAGGUGUAACAGAUGGAUUGUGUGGCAGGUUUUCAAUACUGAGAGGAAAGUAAAACACGAUAUCGUAUUACUAAUUGUAACACUUCUUCCUCAGUCUGAGGUGAUACUGAACUCCUACUUUCUUUGAAGGGGAAUCUCUAAACCUCUGGAAGACAAGGCGGUGACAUGGAUGAACAGGGACGUCAAUCUAAUAAAAACAUGGAUUGUUUUUCGCGUGUCUCUACAUGGUACCAGAACCGAUUCAGAACUCUUGGAACCCUGAUUGGCUCCAAUCCUAUCAAGCUGAUCGCGUUGUCAUUACUCGUGACUGCUGGUCUUAGCUGUGGGAUGUUGAGACUGACAUCGGAGUCGGACACAGAAACUCUGUAUACCCCAGUGGGAAGCCAGGCGUCCAAGGACAGAGCGAAGAUCCAGGCUGUAUUUAAAGACGACACCGGCAACAACUUCUCCCCACGUUCAUUGACAAAAUCCGAUCUGUAUGGAGACGUUAUAUUUUCAGCUGCAAAUGUUAUUGACUCAAUGUCUACUAUAAAAUUCUAUAUAGAUUAUAUCAAGAACAUACAUGUAACGCAAAACAAUAUUGAGUAUGCAUACUCUGAUGUAUGUGCCAGACAAGAUGGAAACUGCUACAGAUCUGGGGAUACAUUCAAUGACACUAUUACCGUUGGCAUAACUUAUCCAGUGUGGAACAAUGUAGAUUUAUCUCAAAUCUUAGGGAAAGUCCAUGCAAACCAAGGUAAAUUAGUUUCAGCGGGGUAUCUGAAAGUAACCUUCCACCUGAGGCAGGACUCGGACACCCUUCGUGCUGCAGCGGUUGCCUGGGAAGAUGAGUUUAUUAAAGUAAUGUCAAGUUUGAGACCUGACAACGUAACCAUCAACUAUGCCACAUCGCAGUCACUGGACAAGGAACUAAAUGCCAACACUGGCGGCGACAUCACUUACUUCUCAAUAACGUUCACGUUGAUGAUCGCGUACGCAACAAUUGUCGCUGGUGGAGACAUGGUGUCAUCGAGGACAUGGGCGUCCUGGGCGGGUGUUCUAGCAGCUGGAAUGGGGAUAGCGUCUGCCUUUGGUCUUGUCAGUCUGUGUGGAAUGAAGUUUGUCAACAUUGUUGGGACGAUGCCAUUUCUGGUCCUAGGUAUUGGUGUGGACGACAUGUUCCUGUUGAUGUCCAGCUGGGCGGAGACCUACCCUCACCAAGACAAGUCCGUGUCCGAGAGGAUGGGAAUGACCUUUGCCGCGGCGGGUAUCGGUAUCACCAUCACGUCCCUCACUGAUCUCCUGGCCUUCAUAAUUGGAACAUCAUCCGUCUUCAUCAGCGUCCGGAAUUUUUGUGUAUAUACAGGAGUGGCCGUCAUCUUCUCCUACCUGUACCAGUGCUUCUUCUUCGCACCCUGUCUAAGUCUUCACGGACGCCGGGUAGAGGAAAAGCGCCACUGCCUGACCUGCCUGAGGGUGAAGAGUCGGAAGGACUACAAGAAGGAGAAGAAAACAUUUCUCCAAGUGUACUUAUGUGGAGGAGCACCUCCUAAUAAAAGGGGGCAGGAUGAAAGCAUAUGCGAGACUGGUCCAAGAAAAGUACUCCCAGUCAUACUCCUUCAUGUUGUUGGUAAAAUAACAGUCAUAGUUGUGUUUUUAGCAUACCUUGGUGUCGCGAUAUAUGGUGUUGUGAACCUGAAGCAAGGUCUUGAUUUAAAGAAUCUGGUUUCACCAUCCUCCCAUUUCUAUUCCUAUACUGAUACCAAAGACACGUACUUUCCCAAUACUUUCCCAAUUCCUUUCAUAUUUGAAGACUCGACCAACUAUUGGAACAAAGAAACAAUAGCACAUAUUAACAAAUUGCUUGCUGAUGCACAAACAGAUAGUGAAGUAAAUUCAUUAUCAUCCAUUUGUUGGUUGAAUAAUUACAUAAACUCUCCAAAUUUUAACAAUAGGAGUGAGACAAAUUUUGUAUCAGGAGUGCACAUCUUUCUGAAUAUUACACCAACAUUCCAAAACGACGUGGCUUUUGACGGUAACGGUGGGCAUAUCAUUGCGAGUCGCUGUUAUCUGUUCUCUGAUGAUAUCAAGGACUCAAAUGAGCAGGCUAGAGUGAUGACUCGGAUGCGAGAGCUGACCGAUAGCUCUCCCCUGUCAGUUUACACUUACUACCCUGCCUUCAUUUUCUUCGAGCAGUACGUCGCCAUCCUGCCCAGCACUCUUCAGACGGUGGGGGUAGCUCUUGUCGUUAUGACGGUGGUCACGUGUAUCUUCAUGCCACACCCCCUCAUGAUAAUACUAGUUGUUCUCAACAUUGUAUCCAUUCUGAUCGGGAUAUUCGGCUUCCUGUACUUCUGGGAUCUUAGUCUCAGCUCGAUCACCAUGAUCCAUCUCAUUAUGUCUGUCGGCUUCUCGGUUGAUUUCAGCGUCCACGUCUGUUCGGCCUUCAUGCUGGGGACAGGUAGCACUCGUCAUGAAAAAGCCAAAUAUGCUAUUGUCCAUGCUUCUGGUCCCAUACUAAAUGGUGCCCUCUCCUCCUUUCUUGGUGUCAUCAUCCUGGUUUUUUCUGAGUCCUACAUCUUCAAAUCCUUCUUCAACAUAAUGCUCACGGUCAUGUUGUUCGGUAUGCUGCAUGCAGUGUUUCUUCUUCCAGUGAUUCUGUCCCUAAUUGGACCGAUGGGCUCACCUGGAAAAAAUCCUGACCCACCUCGUCGAGCUGUUUCAGUAGUUGGAGAAACAACUAAUUAACAUACUUACUCUUCUGAAACAUUGAAUAUCAUUUUGUUAUACAUUUGAUGAAUUCUAUGCUCAAGGCCAUUGGCAACAAACAUGUUCAUGAGACGAUAAUUAUUCUGUAGAUAAUAUAUUAGAAAAUAUACUUUAUUGUUCACCGUUUCUUAGAAUAUUGAGAGGGGUUGUUCAAAACACAAACCUUUUAAUCAAGUUUCGUCUGGAGCUCGUCUCGUUUUACGUAUUUACAGCUAACCAAUGAAUGAACACGUGUUUCCAAAGGAUCUUUAAAACACAGAUUUAACGUGUUUCAUCGGGUUUUAGUAAACGAGGAUGCGUUUGAACGUUAAUACUUUCUUUUCAAAAACCCGUUUUAGUUAACAAAACUUCCAGAUGAUAGAGGAAAUGGGGAACUAUAAUAUGAUAUCGGCAACCAACUAUCCAGUGUGGAUCUGCUCACUCCAUAACCAAAAAAGCAUGUUUACCUCUAGCAAGUUCAUUAUAAUUUAUUCCACUUUAAAAUAUAAAUAUAGUAUUCCACCUGAUUUUUAAUGUCGAUAUUGUUGUUGAAAUGUCACAGUUGUUACCAAAAACAUAACACAGGAGAUGUGAAUGAAAUGAGUAGACAAGUUCACGUGUGCAGUUAUAGAGUUACUGACUGAUUGUCAAUGUUCAAACUAUGAUUUGCCGCGAAUAGCUGCAAAAUUGCUGAUGCGGCGUUAAGCAAUAUUCACUCACUCAAACUAUGAUACUUUUUGACGACAUUUUAAACCCGAGCGAGCAUGGGAACCCAUUCUUUAUUUGAUUUUCUGAUACGAAAAUCUGUGCUUAACUUUUGUUGUCAAAAUUUCAAUAAAUUGUCUAUUUAAUGGAAACAUCUAUAUGCCUUAAUCAUCCGUUUUUGAAGAAUGCAAUUGUUCAACAGACAGUUUUUAAUCACUUGUUAUCAAAUAUUUGUCUGCCAUUAAUAUAGAUAGCCUAGGUGUUGUUUUUAAACGAAAUAAAAUACAAUUACUUUUGCUAGAAAAAGAUUACAUAUACUCUUUAUACAAAUAUACUAUACACAUAUUUCGCAUAUCGCAAAGUAUGCCGUCAUAUUGAAUGAAGGUAAAAUAUACUUACGACAGGUAUGGAGCUAUCUUAGAUCUACGAUAAACUUAAGAUAUCUUAGGGCUACGAUAGUUUCGAAAAUAGGCUACGAUAGCCUACGAUUUCCUUACGAUAACUUUACGAUAAUUUUAGGGCUACGAUCGUUUCGAAAAUCUAGGCCCUGUGCUUUAAAUACUUUUUACAUUGGGGACAGUCCAGUUUGCCUUCAGUCACUGAGGACCGCCUCCGUGGUCGAGUGGCAGAGCGUCAGCCCGGAGUUCGAUCGCGAUCCCUGGCCGCGUCAUACC